AUGUAUCGAUACAGCGACACCCUCGAGUUCGACCUCGCGGUCCUGCUCUUCGUCGUCGUCGUCAUGCCGUGCGCGGUGCUCCUCAUGCAGAGCAAGUCCAAGCUCGCGCGCGCGGCGUCGUUCGCGCUGAUGUUUCUCGCGUUUUUCUACGUCGGCGGGUUCGAGCACUAUCGACUGCACAGGCCGGAGGUCACCGAGGCGGGACUCAAGCGCGCGCUCGUUCCGAACGUCGUCUUGGAGAUGAUCGAGUCCGAGUUCGAGUUGAAGUACCUCCCCAUCGCGGGGUCCGACGCGCGGAUCGCGGAGGCGGUCGAGGACGUCGCCGCGGCGCGCGCGGUCGCGGCGCGAGGCGGCGCGAACGACGCGGAAGAAACCGCCGCCGGCGUCGUCGACGCCGACGACCCUCUGAUCGUGCACUUGUCGCACAAGGGCGCGGGGGAUCGUUUCUUCCGCACCGCGCUGCACGCGCUCGAGGUGAACACGUGCGGCGGCGCGGGCGCGAACGGCACGGACGCGAGCGGCGCGGGGGCUUCGACGAACGACGACCGGUGCGUGCGGUGGUGCAGCGGCUCGGAGGAAAACUUCAGGCAAGACGUGCACUCGUUCACGUUCGAAUCCCCGAUGCCGCGAUCGAUGCGACUGCUCGGGCGCGACUACCGCGCGGUCUUCGUCGUUCGCGACCCGCGCGACCUCGUCGCUCAGGCGUACUUGGAGCACCUGGAGACGUCCGCGGCGUGGGCGCGGUUGCCGAGGGACGAUCUCCACGGCGACUCGUUCCAGUCGCGUCUUCGCGCGAUGUCCGCGGAGGACGGCGUCGACCUCGAGAUCGAUCGCUUCACCGCGUCGAUAUCCCUCGCGCUGAACUUCCAGAGGAUGUUCUUAGGUCACGGGCGCGCUCUGGAAGGGAGCCACGACAACGCCGUCGGCGAGUUCGCGCGAAGCAUGCGCGCGUUCGCGACGGCGGCGGACGACGGCGUGCGUUUCGUGCGCUUCGAAGAUUUGCUCGCGGCUCGGCCGGAAGGGUUCGAGCUCCUCGGUCGGUGGUUUGGUCUGUCCGACGGCGCGGAGUUAGACGCGUUCGUGAACGCGUGCGGGAGAGCGCAAGUGGAAGCGCUCGGGCUCGGUUUGGACGACGCCGCGGUCGAUGGGGAGAAAGAGAAAGCGCGGCGCGUUCCCGAGGACGGGGAGAUUUACUGCGACGGCGGCGGGUGCGCGGAGUCGUCGCACCUCCUCCCUCCCGGGGCGUGGAAGGAGCACUUCUCGGAGAGAAACGCGCAGAGGUUCGAGAAAGAACACGCGACGUUGCUGCGGAGCAUGGGGUACCUCGCGUCGUCGGAUGGUGGAAGCACCAUCGCCGCGGUGUGA